CCCUUUCUCCUCCUCCCACUCGGCGGACGGCCGGACGUUAGCAGCGCCCCGCAAGCUCCGAUCACUCGUCGUCAGCCAUGUUGUUGGUGUGACACACCGAGCUGUCAGCAACAGGUUCUGUGAACAGAAACGCUGGCAAACUUGAGUUUUCUCCUCAAAACGGCGGCUCUUCGCGGAUACUAAACUUCGAGAGCGUGUGCGGGAAACCGUCCAGAAGUGGUGGCUAGGCAUUUUUGGCCCCACGAAAGCUCAGAAAUUGAUGUUUUUAAACCGUGGCGGUGUGAGAGAUGGCUGUGAACAGUAGCUGAGGACGUCACUGGGAGUUCUCCACCUGCAAAAAUGAAUGGUGGUCCAAGUGUGUGGGCAAUCUCCCCAGAGGAGAGGACCAAACAUGAUCAGACGUUUGACACCCUCUCCCCAACGAUGGGCUAUGUCACAGGCGAGCAAGCAAAGAAGUUUUUCCUCCAGUCAGGGUUGCCUGAAUCUGUGCUGGCUGAGAUAUGGACUCUGGCCGAUAUGAAUAAAGAUGGAAAGAUGGACAGGCUGGAGUUUUCUAUUGCUAUGAAGCUCAUAAAGUUAAAACUUCAGGGUACACCGCUUCCCUUAUCGCUGCCAAUCAUCAUGAAGCAGCCUCCGGUGGCUGCUCUCAGCACCUUGGCCAACUCUGCCUAUGGUAUUGGUUCUAUGGUGCCUGGAACAAACCUUGCUAUGUUGACUCCCAUGUCCAUGUCACCUAUGACACCAAUGACCGGCCUCACCUCGAUGGCUCCUACAACACCAGGACUGAGCCCACUAAUGGCUUCCACUGCCACCAGGCCCAUGGUUCCAACUAUGGGGAAUACCACACUACCAAAUGGCACCAUGGGACUCCUACAGCCAUUUCCUUCUGGAGGUUUGAAUACUGGCCUACCUCUAUCUGCGUCCCCUUACGCCUCUUCACUUGGACGCGCCACUUCUUCUGCUGGUAUAAACAAUGUCCCAUCACUGCUAGACCUGGGAUCUGGCAGCUCAGGUUCCUCAUCUCCAGCCUUCAUGUCUCCCAUGACUGCUCUUCCCAGUGACUGGGCCAUACCGCAUCCCUCCAGGCUUAAAUACAGACAGCAAUUCAACAUCUUGGAUAAACAGAUGAUUGGAUACCUCACCGGUCAGCAGGUGAAGGGUGUAAUGGAAACCACGAUGCUGACAAAAACACAGCUGGCCUCCAUUUGGAAUUUAGCAGAUGUGGAUAAAGAUGGCAAGCUAAAAGCUGAGGAGUUUAUUCUGGCGAUGCAUCUUGUGGAUGUGGCAAAGAGCGGACAACCGCUGCCAUUAACGCUGCCAACUGAGCUGGUACCACCCUCACAGAGGACUGCCAUGAAUGGCCUCAACGCUUUCCUGAUUGAAGACUUGGACAUUGAGCCUCCACAGAAACCCAAAACAAACAUAUCAUUUGAAGAUAAAUUCAAAGCGAACCUGGAACAAGGGAAUGCGGAGUUGGAGAAAAGACGACAGGCCCUGCUGGAGGCAGAGAGAAGGGAGCAGGAACGGCGCGCUCAGAAAGAGAGAGAGGAGCGAGAGAAGAGAGAGAAGGAGGCUCGGGAGGCAGAGGAGAGGAGGAGGCUAGAGGAGGAGAGAAGGCUGGAGCGCCAGAGAGAGCUGGAGAGACAGAAAGAGGAAGAGCGGCAGAGAGAGAUAGAAAGAAAAGAGGCUGCACAGCGGGAGCUCGAGCGUCAGAGAAAAGAGGAAUGGGAGAGGAGGAGGAAAGGAGAGCUCCAGAUAAAGAAAGAACAGGAACAGGAUGAAAUCACCAAACUGAAGGCUAAGAAGAGGAGUCUGGAGUUGGAGUUGGAGGCAGUGGGUGACAAGCACCGUCAGAUUUCUGACCGCCUGCGUGACAUUCAGAGCAAGAAAAAGCUUCAGAAGACAGAGAUUGAUCUUAACAGUCAAAGGAAGGAGACGCGCCAACAGGAUAUUAACAAUCUGCAGAAACAAAUUGAGGAGUUCCAGAGAAAGUUGUCCCAUCUGACUCCAGAGCAGAAAAGACUGACUGAGAAGCUGAAAAACAUGUCUUUUAAUAACCUUCCUGCAUCAACCAUUUCCACCAUGAAGAUGAGUAUGACCGAGAAAAAAGGGACGUGCGUGAAACUGCGAGAACAGCUGGAAGUUCUGGAGAAGGAGACAGCUGCCAAACUAGCAGAGAUGGACCAGUAUAACAAAGACAUGCAGGAACUGAGAGAGAGCCAAAGAAAGCAGCAGGCUGCACUGGAGAAGCUGCGCAGCAUCAAAGAAGACAAGCGGCGUGAGCUGAUCCGAAGGAAGGAGCAGGAAGAGGAGAAGAGCAGGAGGGAAGAAGAGAGGAAACGACAAGAGGAGGAAAGGAGGCGCAGGGAGGAGGAGGAAGAAGCUCAGAGGCGUAUUAAGAUGGAAAAGGAGCGUCAGAGAAAGCUUCAGGAAGAGAGGGAGGCCAAACAGAGGGAGGAGGAGGAGAGACAGAGACAGGCUCUCAUCCAGGCAGCCAAAGAGCAGGCAGAGCGAGAGCUCAGAGCAAGGGAGGAGGCAGAGUGGAAAAAAAGAGAGGAGGAGGAGAGGAAGAAAAGAGAAGAAGAGGAGCAUCAGCGCCAAGCAGAGAGGCGAAGGCAGGAGGAGGAGAGGCGAAAGUUGGAGGAGGAGAAGAGGCAGCUAGAAGAAGAGAGGAGAAAACUCGAGGAGGAGAGGAGGCAAGAGGAGAAGAGAAGGCGAGAAGAGGAGGAGCGACGCAGGAGGGAGGAGCAGCAGAAGAGGUUAGAGGAGGAGCGGAGAGAAGAGGAACGCAGAAGGGAGAUAGAGGAGGAAGAGAGGAGAAGACACAGGGCUGCUGAAGCAGCUUUCCGAGACGCAGAGGAAAGGAGAAAGCGAGAGGAGGAGGAGAGGAUUAAGCGGGAGGAAGAGAGGAGAAGGCUUCAUCAGCAGGAGGAGGAGAGGAGGAAGCGUGAAGAGGAAAAAAAAAGGGCAGAAGAGGAGAGAAAGAGAAAGGAGGAGGAAGAGGAGAGGAGGAAAAUCGAAGAGGAGACAAAGAGAAAGGAGGAGGUGUCUCGUCCGCAGCAGCAGCCGCCAAAAACAGGAGGGAAGAUUGAUAUUCAGGCUUUGCUGAGAGGGCUGGAGGAGAGGAAAGGUGGGCAGCCAAGGGCGAAGCAGCACAGGAAGUCAGCAUCUCUCACAUCCUUCAAAGCUCUCUACCCAUUUACUGCACGAAACAACGAAGAACUCAGCUUUGAAGCAGAUGAAAUCAUUGAGGUUGAUGAGACGACAGAGCGAGAGGAGGGUUGGCUGUAUGGCAGCAAACAGGGGAAGAUGGGCUGGUUCCCAGAGAGUUAUGUCGAGAAAGUGGGCCCAUCAGGUGCAGCUAAUAGUGCUGCUGCUGCUGCUGCUCUGCCUCCUGCUAAAUUACCACUCCAAUCACAGCUUUCUAAUGCCCUUAAGGCUGCCAAAGUAGCAGGGACAAAAUCUGCCUUCACGCCGACACAUUCUCCAAACCCUGCACCUUCUGAGACUCAGGGACAGCGGGUGGUGGGUAACCUGUUAGCCCAAGCACUGUGUUCCUGGACAGCGAAGACAGAUAACCAUCUGAACUUUAAUAAGGACGACAUGAUUCAAGUAUUAGAGCAGCAAGAGAACUGGUGGCUGGGACAACUGAACGGUGAACAGGGAUGGUUCCCCAAGACGUAUGUGACACUGCUGGGAGAAGAUGAGAGUUCAAAUGCAAAGAGCUCUCCACCUGAUGUUCCUAAUGGCGACAGCCCUCAACUUGAAGAAUUUGUGGCGUUGUACACCUACGAGUCUCCGCAGUCCGGUGAUCUGACAUUCAGAGAGGGAGAUGUAAUCUUGGUGAGCAAGAGAGAGGGAGAGUGGUGGAACGGCUCAAUAGGAAAUCGCACGGGUGUCUUUCCCAGCAACUACGUAAAACCUAAAGAGACAGAUACAUCGAGCACAUCUGGAAAGAAAAAGCCAGAGGUCGCUCAAGUGACUAGACCGCACGCUUCUACUGGGCCCGAGCAGCUGAAUCUGGAAAAUGGCCAGCUCAUCCUCGUCCUCAGCAAGGACGUCUCUGGCUGGUGGCUCGGAGAACUGCAGGCCCGUGGUAAAAAGCGUCAGAAAGGCUGGUUCCCUGCCACUCAUGUUAAAGUACUGGAAUCCAGCAGUGGCAAAUCCACACCAGCCCCCCAACCAGUCUGUCAGGUGAUCGCCAUAUACGAUUACACAGCUGCCAACCAGGAAGAGAUGAGCUUCUCUAAAGGGCAACUGAUCAGUGUUUUGGACAAGAGUGACCCUGACUGGUGGAAAGGAGAAGCCAACGGGGUCACUGGUCUGUUCCCAACCAAUUACGUUCAGAUGACCACUGCGGAUGGUGACCCCAGUCAGCAGUGGUGUGCAAACCUGAACAGCCUGGACACACUGAGCCCUCAAGAGAAGAAGAGGCAGGGUUACAUCCAUGAGCUGAUAGAAACCGAGGAGAAAUAUGUGGAAGACUUACAGAUAGUGCUGGAGGUUUUCCACAAGCCCAUGUCUGUGUCGGGCCGGCUGAAUGAAUCGGAGAUGACUAUGAUUUUUGUCAACUGGAAGGAGCUGCUGGCCUGCAACACUAAACUUGUCAAGGCGCUCCGUGUUCGUAAGAAGACGGGUGGGGAGAACAACCCGGUGGGGAUGAUUGGUGAUAUCUUGGCUGCCGAGCUGUCCCACAUGCAGCCAUAUAUCCGUUUCUGCUCCUGCCAGUUCAGCGGCGCCACGCUGCUACAGACUCGCACUGACAGUGAUUCGGACUUCAAGGACUUCAUGAAGAAAAUCGCCACAGACUACAGGUGUAAAGGCAUGCCGCUUUCCAGCUUCCUGCUGAAACCUAUGCAGAGGAUCACUCGCUACCCACUGCACAUCAAAAACAUCCUGGAGUGCACUGCAGAGGGCCAUGCUGACCGAGGUCCUCUGAAAGAAGCUCUGGAGAGGGCGGAGGAACUCUGUCAACAGGUAAACGAGGGUGUGAGAGAGAAGGAGAACUCAGACAGACUGGAAUGGAUUCAGAGCCACGUUCAUUGUGAUGGUCCUGUCGAGCAUUUGGUCUUUAACUCCCUUACCAACUGUUUGGGCCCCAGGAAACUGCUCCACUAUGGCAAGAUAUACAAGACAAAGAGCAACAAGGAACUCUGGGCUUUCCUCUUUAAUGACUUCCUGCUUUUAACUUAUGCGGUUAAACAGUUCACCUCGUCUGCACCCGAUAAACUAUUCAGCAACAAGAAUAAUGUACAGCUCAAGAUCUACAAACCGCCCAUCUUAUUGAACGAAGCUCUGGUCAAGCUUCCAGAUCCUUCCAGUGACGAGCCCGUCUUCCACAUCUCACACAUUGAUCGAGUCUACAUACUCAGAACUGACAACAUCAAUGAACGGACGGCGUGGGUUCAGAAGAUUAAGGUGGCGUCUGAGGAAUUUAUUGAGACUGAAAAGAAAAAAAGGGAAAAGGCUUAUCAAGCACGCUCUGUGAAAACUAGUGGAAUUGGCAGACUCCUCGUCACCAUCCUAGAAGCCACUGAACUCAAGGCAGCAAAACCCAACGGUAAAAGCAACCCUUACUGUGAAGUGACCAUGGGAGCUCAGAUCUUCACAUCCAGAACAAUCAAUGACACCCUGAACCCCAAGUGGAAUUUCAACUGUCAGUUUCACAUCAAAGACCUCUACCAGGAUGUCCUCUGUAUCACCGUCAAUGAAAGAGACCAGUUUUCACCUGAUGAGUUCCUGGGUCGUACGGAGGUUCCAGUGGCGACCAUAAAGAAAGAGCUGGAGAAUAAGGGACCAGUAACGCGUCGUCUUCUGCUGCACGAGGUUCCAACAGGGGAAGUCUGGGUCCGCCUCGACCUGCAGCUCUUUGGCCACAAGUAGCUGUAAAGGAUGAACUGAAACAGGAAACUGCAUCCUCCGCAGAGACUUCCAAAUAAUAACAGUUAACCAAAUUUUAAAAAGCUGCUUUUUUUCAAAUUAAAAAACUAGGAUGGUUCCUCUUCCAUGCUGAAACUUGGCUCUAAGGAGAGACUGUCACAUACAUCAAGCCUUAAUGAAUUUAAUAUUAACCAUCAUUAAUAAUACCUCUUCUGAUGUCCUUGAAAGCCUGCUGUAGGACCUGCGUUACAGCAAUUCAAGCCACGAAAUAGGAGUUAAAGCGCUUUUUUUGGUUUGGGAUGACAUUAGAUGGAAAGGGAAAUGUGACUGGUGCACCUGCUCAAGAAGGAGACUUGGUAUGUCACAAAGCUGAAUGUGGAUCCUCUAAAACUUACAACUUUCAGCUGGAUCUAGGACUGGACAAAAGCUGAGAAGUAGAUAAUUAAAAGCAAUAAAACUAGUGUGCUCGCCUCUAGACUCACAGUUCUGUAUCUCAGUCGGUUUUUAAGUAUUCAUUUUGCCUCCUCAGCCAAGGCCAUUAAACGAGUUGACACUGAGCUAACUACUGUUUUAUCUUGACAGUCAAGAUAUAUAUGUUGACUUUUUUCAUUUUUUUCUGUGGAACUCUUGACUGAUUUCUUUUCAGAAACCUCGCUGGCCUGCUUUUUUGUCUGUGACUGAUCAUAAACUGUCUGGCCUCACUUCUCACAGUGACAUUGAGGGCAUCAGAAACAGUAGAUGGCAAAUGAUGGACAGCGGCACAAAACGCAUCAGACAACUUGGAGAAUAAGUCUGUAGAGCUGGUCGGAAGUCAGUUUACUACUGUAGAUCUCAGGAUACGUUGUUCUGGGUCAAGUCUGCGCCACUGUAACAGCACUGAACACUCGUUUUGUUGAGUUUUUGUGUGCAUGUGUGAGUACGUGUCUUUAGUGUAAAAACAGAGAAGCGUACAGAUGCUGCAACUUUUGGAGGAUGCUUCUAACUCCUAGCCUUAAUGCUAGUCAUUUUUGACCUUUUUUGUUAAUCGUGUCUAAAAUUAUUUACUUUUCAUUGGGAUGAUGCUGGGGUCGACUGUAGACUUCUUUGAUUUUCCUUUACUGUGUGAAAUCAGCCACGGCCAAGUAAUUUCAAGUGAGAGUUUAAGAUGAUUAAGGUGAAAACAGCUGUUUUUAUGCAGAUGAUUAUGAUGGUGUUAACUUUUUGAGGUGUCACAGAUUUGCAGCAAUAAGUAUUUUCUUACUUGAAUUUUUUUUUUUAAUGCUUUCAAACUACUAGACACAAUUUUAGGCGUCAUUCUCCAGUUCCUGCCUAUUUACAGCAAUAUUGCAACUCUGUGUUGCCUCAAAAAAUUGCCGCUUAUAAAAAUCUGCCACAAAGGUAAAGGGUGUAAAAGCUGUGUAUUUGUGUUGUUUUUAUUAUCUUACUCUUUGUGCCCAGUUUAUUUUCUGACUCUGCAUUUAAACAAAAUGUGUUGUAUUUAUUUCCUAAUUUAUGCGUGCGACUAUCCAAAGUUAGUAGCGCCUUUUUGUGUCAUCGUGGAGAAUCAGUUGGUAAUCGCUGAGUUUUUCUUGUGGGAAAGCUGGCUCAGUGUCUUAAGACUUUCCACGCAUGCACUUCAUCAGAUCAGGACAUUUUUCCACAGUUUUCCUUUCUUACAUGUAGCAAACGUGACUAACAGUUAAUGUCCGAACUGAUGGCAUCAGAAAUUUGUGUUGUUCAUUAAGCUGUUGGGUAAUGUCCAGAAAAGUCCAGGGCUGAAGUGCAUGUGUGGAAACAGCUUUACAUGAUUUUCCCCCCAGUUGAGUUUUUCUGUAAGAAGACUGAGUUACUCAUUAUUUUCUUAGGUCUUCUAUUUUGUGCUCUUGUACUCUAUUUUUGAAUCAAUUAGUUUGUUUUAAAGUCUUCUUACCAUGUUUUUCUUUUUCUUUUUUAAUUUGUGGGAGUUGAGAGACUGGACUACCUUCCUCGUCUGUGUAGGGCUGUAAAAACUUGUUUUCCCCUUUUUAUUUUCAGCAGCCUCCUGCACUGACUGCUGAGUUUAUGACCGCUCUAACCCUGACUUGCCUGUUCACAGCUAAUCAGCCUGGAUUCUGUAACCUGCUGUUUAUACUCACCUUGGGCCUCUAUGUGGCACUUGCUGUAUCAGGGUUUCUUAAAGCAAAUUAAAGAUAUUAAAAGUGAA